AUGUUCCCCCGGGGCUUCCUCUGGGGGGCCGGCAGCGCGGCAUUCCAGGUGGAAGGCGCCUGGGACCGGGACGGCAAAGGGCCCUCGGUGCUGGACGUCUUCGCGCACCGCCACGCAGCGCCUUUCCAGAGCCCCGCCGGGCGGCCCUCCGGGGACUCGGCCAGCAGCAGCUACGACCACGUCGAGCGAGACCUGGACGGGCUGAGCGUCUUGGCGGUCUCCCACUACCGCUUCUCGCUCGCCUGGGCGCGCCUCCUACCUAACGGCACGGCGCCCGCCAAUCCUGCCGGGUUGCAUUACUAUGCGCGCCUGCUCUCCGGCCUGCGGCAGCGUGGCAUCGAACCCGUGGUCACCCUCUACCACUGGGACCUGCCCCAGACCCUGCAGGAUCUCUACGGCGGCUGGGAGAACCCGGUUCUGGUCGAUCUUUUCUUGGACUACGCCCAGCUCUGCUUCCAGCACUUUGGCGGCCACGUGCGCUACUGGCUCACCAUAGACAAUCCUUACCUUGUGGCGUGGCACGGCUACGCCACGGGCAAGCUGGCCCCGGGUGUGCGGGGCGGGCGGGAAGUGGGCUACAAAGUGGCGCACCACCUCCUUAAG